GCGAAAACCUCCCUGCCAUCUUUUCCCAGAGUCAAAUGCCCAUGAAGAUGUCUUGCUGCCGAAACAUCUUUUGCCAAAACUGCCUAGCCCUCUGGCUCGAAUCGGCAAACACCUGUCCUACCUGUCGCGCACAGCUUUUCCCGAAGCCAAACACGCAUGCACACGGCGACGGGGACAGCGAUGGCGAAGAAGAAGAAGAAGAAGGUUCGGAACCCGCAUCUGAACAUGAAGAAUCCGACAUGGACGUGGAUGUGGAAGACGAGUCGGAGGAUCAUGGCGAUUCAGAGCCCGAAGAUGCCGAAGACUCUGAUGUCUCACUUUACACCAACUCUGAUUCUGAUUCUGAUUCUGACUCUGACUUUUCGGCCGACUGAUGUGCUUGCAUUGGGGUGUUGGAAGGAGGGGGAAAGAAAACGGUUUCUGGGGGUUAUUGUCUGGGUUUAUGGUUCUAUACAUAGCAUAUUGACGCAGAGACGGAGCCAAAGCGGUAGAGUUUGGGAACACAAUAAUUGGGGCUUUGCAGCUUUGGUAGGGAGACGGACAUUGAAGCUUCGCCACCAGGAAUAACAACAACAGUAGUUAUAAUAAUGU